UUUCCUUUCGCUCGUUUCAUUCGCCAACUCCUUUCAACCCGUCCGCAGCGAAAUGGAACAACGAAAUGAGCGCAUGCUGGAAGAGCUGCUGAAGCUCCCGGGAAAUGACACCUGCGCCGACUGCCACGCUCCCGCUCCAAGGUGGGCAAGUGUCAAUCUCGGCAUCUUUCUCUGCGUUGGUUGUGCUUCCGUACACCGCAAGUUGGGGACUCACAAGAGUCGUGUCAAGUCGGUGACACUUGACACCUGGACUCGUGACCAGAUCGCCACCAUCAGAAGCAUGGGCAAUAAAGCUUCCAAUGCAAUAUACAACCCAAACGAGGCCUUGCAUCCCCCACCGCCAUCCUAUGGCUACGAUGAGCGUGAUUCCGAGAUUGAAAAAUACAUUCGAAGGAAGUACGAGCAAGGUGCAUUCCGCGGUGGAGCUGCUGCCCGCCCUAACGGUCAAGUCGAGCCUACAAGCUUAAACAGGGCGAGGGAGAGGGACGGAAGGCUGCCUGGGGGUUCUACAGGGCUGCAUUUAGGCAAGGAGAAUAACCGCAACCCAGAACUGAACGAUGUUAUUGCUGUGAACAUCAAGAAAGAAAGGGAUCUCCCGCCUUUACCUCCUAGUGCCUCUGCUCAACCAGUGUUUGGGAAGAACCCCCCUAGAGGACGACCAGUGAGAUCACCUUCGAAUCAGGGUAUCUCUUCAGUAGGACCUGUGUGGAAUACUGCAGUGAACGGUAGCGAAAGCACGAGUACUCAGCAAAAGGUGCCAGAAGCCAACCUCAUCGACAUGUCAAAUAGCGCCAACUCGUCACUCCCUCUUCAAGUCAACAUGUCCACUCCUACCACUGGUGUGUCUCCAUCCUUCUCUCAUGGCCAAUCCCAAUUCCUCUCCGCUCAACCCCAAAGCUGGGGUAGCACCUUUUCCACAUCCCCUUCAAACGGUAUGAUGAUGAACGGCAGUAACUUUUCUGCCUCCCCUCAAAUGGCAAGCCCGUUCCAGUCUCCAGGAUUCGCGCAACAAAUGUCCUUUUCCUCGCAACCUUCAUUGAGGCAACACAUGUCACCACAACCAACCUAUCAUCAAUCGACUGUGCCUAUGGCCUCACCCUCGUUCCAGCAGACUCAGCAGUUUGCUACUUCCCCCUCUUUCCAACAACAGCUAUCCCCACAGUUUACCCAAGUGCAACAAUUUGGGCAGUACCCGAUGCAGUACAACGGUCAGAUGGCCACUUCGCCCAUGAAUAUGGGUAUGGGCAUGGGUACCGGCAUGGCCCAACCUACCCAGGCGUACGGGUAUUUCAAUCACAUGUGAUCCCUUUGACAGGUAAUCACAGUCACCUGCUGGUAUCGGGUGUGUGGUAAGGAUCAUGAGACCGUUUAUCGAGUGUUAAGGACAAUGGUCGGCAAGCGAAGCGGGGUAUUGCAUUGCGUUUUCUUAUUGCAUCAAAUCAUUGAUUCGAAUAUGCGGGUUUGGUGUAUCUUAUAAAUGAGUUCUCAGCAUUGUUAUAUGUAUGUGGUAUGUACUUUAUGUGAUCAUAG